UGGAUUCGCAGGAAUCAACCACUGAUACUCUCUGAAAAGCAAGACUCCGGUCAGCUUUCACCUUAUGAGCUACAAUAGCUGGUCAGGCUCGGUAUCUUGGAAAACGACCGGACUGAAUCCGCGGACAUUAUUAGCCUCGAGUUCAGGCGAUGAUUUGAGAAGAAUAACCCAGCUAUGGCGAGGCAAAGGAAGCCAGUAAGGACCAACAGCGGGAAGAAAGGAGGACGGCUAGCGGCGUUCAAAUGCUGCAUGAUAUUGCUCGCAUUGGUUGCGGUCGUGUGCAUUCCGCUUGGUUACUGGAGAAUCCAUAGACGAGCUCAACUCGCAGCUGAAACUCUGUCGUCGAGACGCAGCCUGAACGAGGAACCAGUUCUGGACCUUGUUGAAUCGUCACAAGCAGUUACUCACGGUGACACCGGACGGCCUGAAACUUCUUCUAGGGAGGCGUCAGGAGGCGAAUCAUCCUUCCAAACAGAACAUCAUAAUACAGAUGCGACUGAUAGACGUGCCUUUGACGGAGAUUUGGACGAAGCAAAAGCUGGCAGCGAGGAUGUCUCAGGGGAUGGUGGAUCUGAUAGUGGAAGGACCAUUGUAGAUGGCUCUGGAUCUCAAAGGUUUGGCUCAGGUGGUGGUGGUGGUGGUGAUGGAGACGGCAAUAAUGUACAUUCAGGCAGCAGCGAUGCUAAGGCGGAUGAGGAUGACCGGGAAGACGAAGAGAAUUCCCACGGGAAAAGACAUGUUGAGACGGGGAUCCAGAUGCCAGGAGGAGGUGCUGAAGGUGCGGAUGGUGAUGGAGAGAAGAGCGUGGAGUCAGGUGGUGCGGACAAGGAGGAGAGUGAUGGGGAGGACGGGGAAAAUGGCGACGAGAGUGAGGAUGGCGGGAAGAAGAAACGGCGGAAGAAGAAGAAAAGGAAGAAGAGACAGCCCAAGAAGAGGACAGGAAACAGACCGUGUGAGGUUGAUUACUUGGAGAAUGGAGACAAUGUCCAAAUGCCAGACCUUGAAGGGCCCAACCCCACCACGCCUCACUAUGUCACCGUGGAGCACCCCCCUGCUGCCGACUCCUCUUCCUCCUCCGCUGCCUCCGCCCUCAGCCUCCUCGGCCGCUCCUCCAACACGUGGGCCCCACGCUUUGCUGGCCACCAGACGUGGCGGCAGCGCGCUGACUCGUUCCGAGCUGGCAGGGCGGAUUGGCCGCCGGAGGCGCAGGUGCACUGCGGGUUUGUGCAGUCGCCGCCCGGCUGGCCGGGGACGGGGUUUGACAUCUCCAAGGCGGACCAGAUGUACCUGGAGCAGUGCCGCAUCGCUGUGGUGUCGGCCAUCUUUGCAGACUGGGAUCAUCUCAGACUGCCUCAGCGAUCCAAGAUCUCUGUGGCAGCGAAGCGCAAGGUGUGCUUCGUGAUGUUCAUAGACGAGGCGACGGUGAAGGGGCUGUACAAGGAUAACCUCAUCCCGGACGCCAACGGCAAGGUGGGGCUUUGGCGCGUGGUUGUGGUGGCCAAGCCUCCGUACGAGGACGCCAGGCGCACAGGGAAGAUCCCCAAGUUGCUGGCACACCGCCUGUUCCCCAACGCCAAGUACUCCAUGUGGAUCGACAGCAAGCUGCGGCUUUAUCAUGAUCCUCUGGUCAUCCUGGAAAGGUUUCUGUGGCGGGGAGGGCAUGAGUAUGCCAUCUCCAACCACUACGACCGCCACUGCGUGUGGGAGGAGGUGGAUCGCAACAAGAAGCUUGGCAAGUACAACGCGACGGUCAUAGAUGAGCAGUUUGAGGCGUACAAGGCCGAUGGGCUCACCAUGUUCAAUCCAAAUGAUCCCAAGAACCUGCUUAUUAGCAAUGUGCCUGAGGGCUCUGUCAUCAUAAGGGCGCACACGCCAGCAGCCAACCUGUUCUCGUGCCUCUGGUUCAACGAGGUGGAUCGUUUCACGUCCCGCGAUCAGCUCUCCUUCGCCUACACGUACCUCAAGAUGGCUCGGACGUCGCACCCCCUCAGGCUCAACAUGUUCAAGGAUUGUGAGCGGCGGUCGUUUGUGAAGCUCUUUCACCACAAGGCUGAGGCGGAGGCGCUCAAGCUGGAGCGAGGCAGGGCUCGGUAGACCAACAGACACUGAUGGGUAAAACCAAAUCCCGUGUUGACACGGUAUCAAAUCCCCUCUUUUGUGUCAUACAUGGUGCAUGAAUUCGAUUUUACACUGACACAAGUAGUUUCCAUGGCAGGUUAUCUAGUUGAUGAUUCCGCUCUCAUCCUUAGAUGGAAAUCAGGUUCGAGAGCUCGGAAAUAAUGCUCAGGAGAGGGAUAGCACAACAGAUUUCCAACAGCUUAUUUCCUAUUGCAUGGAGACAUAAUGU